AUGUACCGACGAAAAGUUAAACCCGUGAAGGUUAAGGAGGUGGAAUUCCCCGCUGAUCUUGAGAAGUUAGGACUCUUCUUCAACGAGAAUGAUCAAUUGCGCCAAAUUGACAAGCCUGACGAGGGAUUCGAAUAUUAUUUCCACGGUAAAUCAAAUGGAUAUGUUUACGGAAGGAAGCAAACGGCCCCUCCAAGAGAAAGAGAGAGAAUGAACGAGCGCCGUCGUGAAGCUGUUGAUGAAUGCAUCCGCAGGAUUGUUAUGGACCGUCUUGAACAACGUGGGAUGAAAAGACUAACACUUCCACUCGGGGCAACCCCAGAAGAACCCCACUUGGAUAUUCUUGUUUCAGAUAACCUGGACACAUGCAAAAAGCUAUUGAUCCUUACACCUGAUUCUUAUGGAAGCAAUUUGGGUAUUUGGGGAAUGCGUCAAAUACAGCAGGGUUCAAUUAACUUUGGCUCUAUGGUAUCUACUGUUGAUUUUGCCUUCAAGAAUGGCUAUUCUGUUGUCAUCCUAAACCCGGCGGAGACGGUUUGGGACCCCGAAACUAGAAGAGCUAUGACUCAUCUCUCCUGGAAGGCUAAGGAUAAAAAAACGGCAAUCCUGGACCCUAUCAAGAACACCAUCCCGUGCAACGAAACCCCAGAGGAGCAUGUAGAAUAUGUUUUCAACAGAAUCUUGAAGGACAGGGCCCCCAAGGAUGUUGAGAUUGAUGUCAUCGCCUGUGGAUUUACUGCUUAUGCCAUCACCAAGUUUUUGAAUGAAAAUUGGGACGAAUGGAGUGACCAGAUGUUUGUCAUGGCGUUUUCUGAAUCCUCGCAUGCCAUUGCAAGUAUCACGUGUGAGGACCUUCGCAAAUUCUUCAUGCUCCGAGUUCGUAACUAUGUAGUCCAUAGUGAUCCCAAAGGGGAGUUCCUCCUUGACCCUCGAUAUGGUUGUGCUACUUUCUCGACAGGCACAAAGCAUGCUCAAGCGAUUGUCCCUGAAUGCCACGACCUAAUCAUCGAAUAUCUAAGAGACGCCCAUAUCGACCCCGAUAACUGCAAUCCAGAUGUCCCUAUCAUCGUCGGUGACGCUCCGGACAGGGAUGAAUGGAUUGAGCAGAUGGAAAAGCGAGAAGCCAUGGGUAAAGCUGGUACUUGGGAUAUGUGA